AGCUGCACAAAGUGCGGAUGUGAAACCACACGAAAAGAUGGAAGAAAAGGGAAGUGUCGAUCCAUUUCGCUGUGGUUUGUAGCAUGGAGGGGGAGGCUGUGAUUGCCCAACGCACUUUGUGUGAGUGUGUGUUUGGUGUGUCGUCCGUAUAGGCCACGCAGUUGUGUCCCGGUCUCCGCAGUGCUUUCGUCCGACCGUCAACCUUCCCGUUCUCCCGUUCUCCACCUCCACCCUCCCAGGAUGCGGAGUGCUGAGAAGGUGGUCAUCUGGGCCGUACUGGUUUGCCUCCCCGCCUGCAAGAUGGCUGGGGCUUCCACUUGCCAGGGCCCGACCCUGAUCCCGGGGAUCCCCGGCAUGCCGGGAGCUCCGGGUCCCAACGGCCGCGACGGAGGAGACGGGACCAAAGGGGAACGAGGUCCACCAGGGACAGUCGACGACUACAGAGAUGUCGGAGAACCAGGAGAACCGGGCGAGCCGGGCUAUCCGGGGAAAGUAGGACCCCGAGGAAAUGCGGGGUCCAAGGGUCCGCCUGGUCCGGCCGGUCCGCGUGGGCCGAAGGGCGAUUCCGGGGACUCCAAGACCUCCCUCAAGUCAGCCUUCUCGGCCGCACGAGGCAUCACCAUAUCACCACGGCGGGGGCAGCCGGUCCGCUUCGACCGGCUCCUCACCAACGUCAACGGGAACUACGAGACGCGCUACGGCCGCUUCAAGUGCGAGAUCCCGGGCCUCUACUACUUCACGUACCACGUCAGCUCCCGCGGGAACCUCUGCCUCCAGCUGAAGAAAGGCCGCGGCAACGAGCGGGGGGAGCGGGUGGUGGCCUUCUGCGACUUUGUCUACAACUCCUUCCAGGUCACCACCGGCGGCGUGGUCCUCCGCAUGGCCCGGGAGGAGUCGGUCUGGCUGGAGCCGACGGAGAAGAACUCCCUCGUCGGGGGCACCGAGGGGGCCGACAGCAUCUUCUCGGGGUUCCUGCUCUUCCCAGAUAGCUAAGGCUUCUCACCGAUCGUUGUGCUCAUCUACACUAUGUAACAAAAAUUGAAAAAAUAUGUCCUGUUCCUGGUCUAUAACUGUCAUCCCUGUUUGAUUGUGCCGUACUUACUUCGAAAGUUCUACUCCAGAAAGUAUGUUGAGUUGGUUGAGACCCCACGGAGACUCCGAGGGCUCUGUGGUGACCCCGAGGGCUCUUCGGGGACUCCGAGGGCUCAGUGGGACCCCAAAGGCUCCGUGGUGACCCCGAGGGCUCAGUGGAUACUCCGAGGGCUCAGCGGGGACCCCGAAGGUUCUGCAAGGACCCCGAGGGCUCAGCGGAUAUUCCGAGGGUUCCGCGGGGACUCCGGGGGCACAGCGGAUACUCAGAGGUCUCCGCGGGGACCCCAAGGGCUCAGUGGGGACCCCGAGUGCUCUGUGGGGACCCUGAGGGCUCAGCGGAUACUCCGAGUGCUCCGUGGGGACCCUGAGGGCUCAGAGGAUACUUCGAGUGCUCCACGGGGACUCCGAGGGCUCAGUAGAUCCUCUGAGGGCGCAUCGGGGACUCUGGGGGCUCCAUGUGGACCCCAAGGGCUCUGCGAGGACCCCAAAGGCUCUGCAAGGACCCCGGGGGCUCCGCGGAUACUCUGAGGGUUCUGUGGGGACUCCAGGGACUCAGCAGGGACUCCGAGGGCUCAGCGGAUACUCAGAGGACUCCGGGGACUCCACGGGGACCCCGAGGGCUCCGCAGGGACCCUGAAGGCUCUGUGAGGACCCCGAGGGCUCAGCAGAUAGUCCCGAGGGCUCCACGGGGACUCUGGGGACUCCAUGGGGACCCCGAGGAAUCUGCAGGGACCCCGAGGGCUCAGUGGGGACCCUGAGGGCUCAGCGGAUACUCCGAGGGCUCUGCGGGGACUCAGAGGGUUCCGCGGAGCACACUUAGAGUACCGCUGGUGUGUAUUAAUCCAACCAUGUUCCUGAAAAUUUAUCCUAUCCUUGUCUAACCUCAAAGUAGAUCUCUUAGUAUAAUAGCAUUGGAGUCCCACCUGAACUGCCUGUCUGCCUAUUCUCUCAAACCAAUAAAUAUUCUCUCUAAACCAAUAAAUAUACAUUGAAAUGUCA